UUCCAGUCGGAAUGCGACACUCUUUCAUUAGCAGAACAUCAACAUGGCGGCUGUUCUGUCGCCGAGACCGUGCGAUAGCAAUCCCGCGACUCCUGGGACGCAGUCCGUGAAGGAUGACAUUGAGGAGAAUUCCAGUGAUGGUAGUCAAGCCCUCAAGAGACGCAGGAUGGGUUCAGGGGACAGUUCCCGGAGCUGUGACACGUCCAACCAAGAGCUGGGGUUAAGGACAUGCAGUCUUAUGAAUAAUUAUGAGACACAGAUGAGUCAUCAAUCCACUGUAGUACAAGAAAACGACACAUCCUGUGAUGCUGACAUGAAGACGAAUUUAAACCCGCCAACAUACUUCCCUGCUGAAAAUCUGACAGAAUACAAAUGGCCUCCGGAUGACACAGGAGAGUAUUAUAUGCUACAAGAACAAGUGAGCGAGUACUUGGGAGUCACGUCAUUCAAACGGAAGUAUCCAGAUAUGGAAAGAAGAGACCUGUCUCACAAAGAAAAACUUUAUCUGAGAGAGCAAAAUGUCAUUACGGAAACGCAGUGUACACUGGGUCUCACUGCUUUGCGCAGUGAUGAAGUUAUUGAUUUGAUGAUUAAGGAGUACCCAGCCAAACAUGCCGAGUACUCAGUCAUACUGCAGGAGCGAGAGCGGCAGAGGAUAACUAAGGAGUACUCUGUGAGCACUCUUAGUGCACAAAUGCAACAACAGAAUCCUCAAAAAGUUGAAGCCAGUAAAGUGCCGGAGUACAUAAAGAAAGCUGCUAAAAAAGCGGCUGAAUUCAACAGUAAUUUCAACCGAGAGCGGAUGGAAGAGAGAAGGGCUUAUUUUGACCUUCAAACACAUAUUAUUCAGGUACCUCAAGGAAAAUACAAAGUCCUCCCUCCAGAAAGAACCAAGACCGGUCCAUACCCAGUUGCACUCAUCCCUGGCCAGUUCCAAGAGUACUACAAAAGGUACUCUCCAAAUGAGCUCCGCUACUUGCCCUUGAACACAGCUCUGUUUGAGCCUCCGCUGGACCCAGAGCUGCCUGCCCUGGACAGUGAUGGCGACUCUGAUGAUGGUGAAGAUGGAAAAGAAGACGGAAAAAAGCAUAAAGGUUCCUCUGACAGUUCAUCAGGAAACACUUCAGAUGGAGACAGCCAAGACAGCGGAAUUCAAUCCAAAGUCAAGAGCAAAGACCGACCCGGCACCCAGGGCAAAGACGCCACUCCUCGCAGCAUCCAACACAAAUCUGUCCCUGGGUACAAGCCUAAGGUCAUUCCCAAUGCUAUAUGUGGCAUAUGCCAGAAGGGUAAGGAGGCCAACAAGAAAGGCAAACCGGAGGCUCUCAUCCACUGCUCCCAGUGCCAAAACAGUGGUCACCCGUCCUGCUUGGAUAUGAGUGUGGCGUUGGUGUCCCAGAUCAAGAGUUAUCCCUGGCAGUGCAUGGAGUGCAAGACCUGCACCGUCUGCGAGCAGCCCCACCAUGAGGAGGAGAUGAUGUUCUGUGACAAGUGUGAUCGAGGCUACCACACCUUCUGUGUGGGCAUGGACUCCAUUCCUCUGGGUUGCUGGGUCUGUGAUUUAUGUAACAAAGAGAUACCGACACCUCAGAAGAAAGGAACAAUAAAAACACCAAAAAAAUCUAAAUAAGCUCCAAAAAGUUGACCAAUUUUUACAACACUUUUGAUAUUAAUUGUUAUUUUUCUAUUAUUUGAAUAAGUCUAUUUGUUUGGUAUGUUGCAUUAAUUUUGUU